AUGGAACAGCCGCAGAUUACAAGGAUUCCUCACUGGAAGCUGCUCCUGGACCAGGGCAUCGUCACCGAUGAAAUUGCCAAUUACCCUUACCCAGGAAGUGGCACUGAAGAGGACCCGUACCUGGUCUCAUGGCUUCCUAAUGACCCUCGUAACCCAAUGACCUUUCCAGAGUACAAAAAAUGGAUGUAUACGCUUGCCGUGUCCAUCUCAACCUUGGCGGUUGCCCUGGUCUCGUCUGCCUAUUCCGGCGGUGUCGCCGAGAUCAUGGCAGAUUUUCAUAUCGGAACUGAGGUAGCAACUCUAGGUAUAUCGCUUUUCGUCUUAGGGUUUGCCAUCGGACCUCUGCUAUGGGCUCCCCUCAGUGAACUGUUUGGCCGUCAAUAUCUCUUCACCAUAAGCUAUUGCGGUCUGACUAUCUUCAAUGCGGCCGCUACAGGCGCGAAGAAUCCCGAGUCUUUAAUCAUCUUUCGAUUCUUUGCGGGCUGUUUCGGAUCGUCACCACUGACCAAUGCCGGUGGUAUUAUCGCGGACAUGUUCUCCGCGCGCCACCGUGGACUGGCAAUGAGUCUUUUCGCUUCUGCUCCUUUCAUGGGCCCUGUUAUUGGACCUAUUGUUGGAGGGUUCCUCGGUGAAAGCGCAGGCUGGAAGUGGGUCAUGGGCCUUCUAGCAGCCUUUUCUGGCACUGUCUGGAUCGCUUGCAGUCUUUUUGUUCCCGAAACCUAUGGACCAGUACUUCUACGAAGAAGAGCGGCUCGCUUAUCAUCACUGCAUGGGAAGGUCUAUCUGUCUCAGCUUGAUGCAAAGCAGGGCGGAAUUCCAUCGCUUUCACAGGCAUUCAAAACCUCCCUCUCUCGCCCCUGGAUCCUUCUCUUUAAGGAACCGAUAGUUUUGCUCUUGUCCAUCUACAUGGCCAUCAUCUACGGCACACUGUACAUGCUUUUCGCGGCGUUCCCCAUCGUGUAUCAACAGAAUCGUGGCUGGAGCCAAGGUAUCUCCGGCCUUGCCUUCCUAGGUAUUCUAAUCGGGAUGCUCUGCGCGCUCGCCUUCACCAUAUACGACAACAAGCGAUAUAUCGACGUCCAAGCUAAACACAACGGUUUCGCCCCUCCGGAAGCCCGUCUUCCUCCCUGCAUGAUCGCAUCGAUCGCCGUCCCAGUCGGUCUCUUCUGGUUCGCCUGGACCAACUACCCCAGCAUCCACUGGCUCGCCAGUAUAGCCGCCGGCGCGCCCUUCGGUUUCGGAAUGGUCCUCCUCUUCCUGAGUGUCAUGAACUACCUCAUCGACUCGUACACCAUCUUCGCCGCCUCCGUCCUCGCCGCCAACUCCGUCCUCCGGUCCAUUUUCGGCGCCGUCUUCCCCCUCUUCACCACCUACAUGUACGCCGACCUCGGAAUCCACUGGGCCUCCAGCAUCCCGGCCUUCCUCGCCCUCGCCUGUGUUCCCUUCCCCUUCCUCUUCUACAAAUACGGCGCCGCGAUCCGCCAGCGCUGCAAAUUCGCCGCGCAAUCAGACGCCUUCAUGCGCCAGAUGAUGGAAGGCGCUGCUGCCGCGGCCACUCAAAAGCCAAACACAACCCAGCCACCUGCGCGCGCCGAGAAUGAGGCUUCUCCGGUCGCAGACGAGAAGGACAUCGAGCUUGGGCGCCAAAAUUCCACCUCUGACUCGAACCCUAAUACCCUCAACCAUUCGUCGAACUCGAACGUCGACGAACUCCCGUCUGAGCCUGUUCGACGCAGUCGUACUUUCUCGUUGCAUUCGAGGCGCGCAAGUACCGUUGAUUCGAAGCCUGCGUAUGAGGAGAACCCCUAUGAUAUUGAUCGGGUGCAUACGCGGGAAUCGUUCAAGUAG